AUGAAAAGUGCUAUAACACUUGUAAGAAUAAUAAACUAUUGAUAUAGCUAAACAAAUGGAAUUUGUCAAAAAGAUAGAUACAUAACAUUUCUGAACUUUAAGAUGGAAUUGUGUUUGCUUAAUUAUUAGAUGAUUAGUAAAUAUAUGAUCAAAAAUAUAUAGUUUAGGAUCGAAUAUAUAAAGAGUAUUAUGGAAUUAAAUCAUAAAUAAUAUUUAAUUAGCAAGGAAAAAAUGUAAACUUGAAAUUAUAAACUUUGAUGAUGACAUCACACUUUCUGAUAGUAAUUUAGAUUUUGCGAAAUUCAUACCAUACUUUAUUGAUACUAUGCUUAGAGUAAAUUCAUAAGAAUUAGUGGAAAUGAUGCAAUAAUUGUUACCAUAAUAAUAAUAAGAAAUUAUGGGAUUUUUGGAAAAUUAAACAGAAGAAAUUGGAAGUUUUCAAGAUUUUUGGUAAUUUGAACAUUAAACAACAAAUACAAUAAUAUCAUUGGAAGAGAAUUUGAAUACAAAAGAAAUGAUAAUUGCACAACAAAAUAAAUAAAUUGAGUUAAUGAGAACAGAAUAUCAAAAUAAAGUUUUUGAUUAUCAAAGUAAAAUAACAGAAUUACAUGAAUUAUAUCAAUAACUUAAUGAAUCAUAAGCAUUCUUUUUAUAAAAGGUUAAUUGUUGUGAAUUGGAAGAAGUUUAUUAAAAAUUUGAGGAUUAUAUAAAAGAAAUUGAUAAUAGCAAAUAAAUAAUUGAAGAUUUCACUUAUUUAGUUUAGAAUCAAUAAAAAGAGAUAGCAAAAUUAUAAUAAAAGAAUUAAACUCUAAAAUCAAAAUUACUAUCUUGUCCAUAAACAGCAAGAUCAAUUGAGCCAGAAUAAUAAUAAUAGAUUAUAGUGAAAGAUCCAUAGGAAUAGAGAACAAUAGAAAAAUUGAAAGCUUAAAUUUAAGGAAUAAAAGAGGAACAUUAAAGAAUGUUAGGAUUGAAAUAAACAUAUUAUGAAUCAGAAUUAACAAAAUUAAAGAGAAAACUUUAUGAGACAGAAAAGGAGGCAAGUUAGUUUAGAAAGAAAAUGGAGAAGUUUAAAGUUGAAUUAGAAGAAUAUUAAUCUAUGAAUUAAUAUGAAAGGAAACUUCCAUUUGAGAGUUUAAGACAUCAAGGAAUUUAUUCUUCAAAUAAUAGUUAUAUAAUAGAGGUUGAUUAAAGAUUUGGACAAUCACCAAAAUCAACAUAUUUUGAUUUCCUUUAAUCUUAGAAUAAAUCUGAAAUAGAUCAUGCUAUGUCUCAUAAUAAUUAAUCUUUGAAAUAUACAGAUGAGACAAAUGUGACAAAGUUACAAUUAUAAUUAACAGAGAAAUCAAAUAAAAUAACUUAAUUGGAAAGAUAAUUAAGUAUGUUUUAAUAAAGUUCUCAUUCAAGAAGGAAUUCAAUGACUAAGUUUAAUUAAUCUUAAUAAGAAAAGUAUUUUGAUUAAUCUACUAUUUUAGAAGUAAUUAUAAGUAAUAAUUUAGCAUUUAAGAUAUUAUGUGUAAUAUUCAUAAUAAAAAGAUUAGGAAAUUCAUGAUAUAAGAGAAUAAUAGAAUCAAAACUUUUUAGAUUUGUGUAAAUAAAUAAUAAAAUAGAAUGAAUAAAUAUAAAGAUUAAAUUCAAUAAUUAUGAAUAAUAAGAGUGAAGAUUAAAUGUAAGAGAUUACAGAGAAACAUUAAAAUGAUUUACAAUCUUUGAAUUAGUAUUAUGUUGAUACUUUAAAUAAUAAAGAUGAACUACUUCAUUUAAUAAUAUCUCUAUUUUAUGAAAAUGCAUUAGUGAAAUGA